AUGGCCGUGAAAAGAUUUUUGCAGACAGGCGAAGAUCACUUUCACAGAUGCAUCGGACCAGGAAGCUCUGUGUUGCAGAGUCUGGCCUUCUUGACCUGCUGCAACUUGGCCGAGUAUAGAAAAGCCCAGUUGCUGCGUAGUCGCUUUGUCAUGAGCCUCCAUAAUAGCUUAAAGCUUCAAUAA